AUGAGAGGGGCUGACUCUGGACCCCCCCCCUGUCCCAGGGAAGAGAAGGAUCGAAGUAUGAGCAUGAAGGUGUGUCAAGAGAACAAGAUCCGUGGGAACAGGCCGGAGGGACUGGAGGGACCAGAGGGGCUGGAGAGGUUAGAGGGACCAGAGGGGCUGGAGAGGUUAGAGGGACCAGAGGAGCUGGAGAGGCUGGAGGGACCAGAGGGGCUGGAGGAACCAGAGAGGCUGGAGGGACCAGAGUGGCUGGAGAGGCUGGAGGGACCAGAGGGGCCGGAGGGACUGGAGGGACCAGAGGGGCUGGAGAGGCUGGAGGGACCAGAGGGACCAGAGGGGCUGGAGGGACCAGAGGGGCUGGAGGGACCAGAGGGGCUGGAGAGGCUAGAGGGACCAGAGGGACCAGAGGGGCUGGAGGGGCCGGAGGGACCGGAGGGACCGGAGUCUCUGUUUUGGUUUGGCUGUUGCAGCAGGACCACUUCAGGGACGAGCGUCUGUGGGAAACCAGGGCGUCCUCAGAGAAUCCGCCUGAAAGUCUUUUCUGACACAUGGUCUGAGGUCAGGGCCCGAGGUCAGGGUCUGAGGUCAGGGUCUGAGGUCAGGGCCCGAGGUCAGGGUCUGAGGUCAGGGUCUGAGGUCAGGGUCCGAGGUCAGGGCCCGAGGUCAGGGCCUGAGAUGGAGCAGUUGUCAGACGAGGAGGUGGAGCUGAGGGAGGAAGAUGGAGACGAGGAGGAGGACAGUGACAAAGAAGAUCAAGACCUGGACAAGAUGUUUGGAGCCUGGUUAGGAGAGCUCGAUAAACUCACACAGAGCCUGGACGAUGGGCGCCCGACAGAGCGGCCCAAGCAGCAGAAGGCGCCACUGAGGCAGGAGACCAACAUGGCCAACUUCUCCUACAGAUUCUCCAUAUACAACAUCAAUGAGGCCUUAAACCAGGGAGAGAACGUGGACCUGGAUGCUCUCAUGGCCGACCUCUCGUCCAUUGAAAAUGAGCUCAACACGAUCAACACUAAACCCGGCGCCGGGGGCUUGGCCCGGCUCGGACUCACAGACACUAAGGUGCGGCAGAAGCCUCCCGCAGGCCGCAGUAGCAGCAGGCAGCCAGCAGGGGGCGGCGGCAUAAACAGUGUGAGCGGAGGAGGCACCAGCAGCGGCGCGAGCAGCAGCAGCAGCAGCACCCGAGCAUCACCCGCGGGAACCAUCCGAGCCGCCCCAGGGCAUCAUGGGAGACCGGCACUGGCUUCAAACUUCAGUCUGGAUGACAUCACCGCUCAGCUGGAGAAGGCGUCUCUGAGUAUGGAUGAGGCGGCGCGGCAGACGUCCUCUCACUCAUUGAGCUCCGCCUCCUCCUGUAGCUCCGCCCCUUUGCGGCGGCCCGGCUCAUCGACACGCCAGCACCGACGCACCGGCUCUGUGGGCACGGUCAGCGAGCACGAGGUGUGUUCGUUUGUCCAGUCCGCCCGCUCGUCCGUCACGUCAGCGUCCGGCGUGUCGGUGAACUCCGCCUCCUCCAUGGACUCUCUGGACAGUGUUCUCCGAAAUGAAGACGGUCAGAACUCAAAGGGUCCAGAAGAGGGCGCCAGUCACAGCAGCACGGAGCACUCGUAUCUGGACAGGGAAACCUCACUGAUUCUGAAAAACAUAGCAGGAAAGCCCACGCACCUCCUGACCAAGGUGACCCACAAUCACGGCCGCUCCUCUGGCUUUGCAUCCGUGUGUGCAUGA